AUGCUGACUACCAACAAGAGCCGUGACACCGAAUGUGGUAUGCAUUCAUGGGCCAAGGCACUGUUCUGGACUCCUCAUAAAGGUCAACGCGAUCAGUGGUACUCCAUCGCAGAUCAUUUAUUGCGCAAGGUUUCUCGUCUUCCCAACAUGGUUGUUAAUCAUGAUGUACCGGUUUUGGUGGUCGGAGGCGGCCCAGCUGGCAUGCUUGUAGCACUGCAGCUGUCGAAGAACGGCAUCCCAUGUCUAAUGGCCGAGCGCAAUCUAGAUACGACCAAAUGGCCCAAAAUGGAUAUCACCAACGCCCGGAGCAUGGAACUUUUGAAGCGCUUGGGUAUCGAUCAAGGUCUUCGAAGCGUUGGUGUGGCCCAGAACUACAAUUUCGAUGUUUUGUUCAGCACUGGGCUCUCUGACGGCGGCCACUUAAUAUCAAAAUGGGACCUUCCCUCCCCUGACGCAUGGCGCAAAAAGAUCGCCGAAACUAAUGACGGGUCUAUGCCACGUGAACCAUAUCAACGCUGCUCUCAGGCGAUUUUCGAAGCAUGGCUGAAACCUCGCAUCGAGGCGAAUCCUUUGAUUACGACCAAAUUUGGAUUGAAGUUUGAAAGCUUGGUUGAGAGCGAGGAUUCGGUGACUAGCACUUUGGUCGACCAGUCCGGGGAAAAACACAUUGUCAAAUCGUCCUAUGUUGUUGGCUGCGACGGCGCCGGAAGCAAGGUACGACAUAGCCUUGGAAUCAGCAUGACUGGCGGUCCUGUACCUGGGGCUAUGUACCUUAUACAUUUCAAAUCGAAAGAUAUGGAUCGCCUACAUCGCCAAGGACAAUUUUGGCACAUUUUCUUCACAUCUGGCCAUGUCAUCAUCUCUCAGGAUGAGAAAGACACCUGGACGCUACAUAUCCCGGUUCCGAUCACGACUAAGGUCGACGACAUGGACCCCAUGCAGGAGAUCGCAAAAGGUCUUGGAGCUGAAGGGGCACCGUUCCCAAUCACAAUCGACAAAAUUUUGGUCACGAGUAUCUGGAGACCUAAUAUCUACCUAGCGGACCGAUACGUGUCUGAUCAUUGUCGAGUGUUCGUUUCUGGCGACUCGGCCCACCAGAAUGUCCCAACUGGAGGCUACGGAAUGAACACCGCUGUAGGGGACAGCUUUGACAUUGGCUGGAAGUUGGCAGCUGCUAUCCGAGGAUAUGGCGGCCGCCCUCUGUUACAAUCAUAUGAAGACGAGCGUCGACCUGUAGGAAUGAGGAACAUUGACCGGUCAGGCGCACAUUUUGGGGUGCACUUUGCCUACAUUGUGUGGUGUGCGGAGAACAAAGGAGUAGUCACAUCCGACUCAGAGGAGGGAAAAGCUUUGAGAAAGAAGAUUGCAGACCAUGUUCAAGAGAAAGACGACGAGAACAAGGACCAUGGCAUCGAGUUCGGCUUCCGCUACAAGUCGACAGUGAUCGUUCCUCCCGAGGAUGGCGAAGUCGAGCCCAAAUGGUUGGAGAAACACUAUGUUCCAUCGACCUGGCCAGGUGCUCGCGCGCCGCACGUGUUCCUCAAGGACAAGACGACCAGCAUUUUCGAUUUGUUUGGUCAAGGACCUGAAUUCACCUUGGUCGACUUUACAAAAGGAGGCGACUAUAUCAAGCGGUUCCAGCUGGCCAAGUCAUCGAAUAACUCAUCGAUCCCCAUCAAGUUUGUGCAUUUACCAGACGAGUCUCACGCGCACAAGGUCUGGGAAAGAGACGCGGUAUUGAUCCGACCAGACGACCAUGUCGCAUGGAGAUCGAGUCCCAGUAUUGGCCUCGACGUCGACGCUGCUGAAGUCUUGGCCAUCGUAACAGGAACUCACGACAGUUCGAACAAGGCAUCCACCAAAGCUGCAGAGGUGACCAAGUUUACAUCAACAAUCGGCAACGUACAGCACAACCAGGUGGAGUCAUUGGCCGAGUUCCAGAAAUAG